AUGAAGGCACCGGGGGCCUGGCUCCUGUGCCUGCUGCUGCUGCUGGGCCUGGCCCACCCGCACUCCAUGGAGCUCCGCACCCCCGAUAUCGAUCCUGCCUGGUACACGGGCCGUGGAAUCCGGCCUGUGGGCCGCUUUGGCCGGAGGAGAGCAGCCCUGGGGGAUGGACCAAAGCCUGGCCUCCAGCGCCCGCCCGCCUGCUUCCCCCUGGCAGGAGGCGCUGAGCCCUCCCAGGGUGGCUGACAGCUCAGCUCCUCCAGGAAUAAUCCCAGGAGCCUGCCUCCAGCCCCCCGCCCCCUCCUCCACAGGCU